AUGCCACGAGAAGAAGGUAUAAACGGCCGCAAGGAGGUCAAUGCAAAGCCCUUGCUGGUUCCCAUCAUCAUCUCGCGCCGUCUGGCUAACCUUGGACAGCUCAAGUGCAGCGGUGAGAAGGAGGGCUGUGAGCGAUGCGUCGCGAACCAACUUGCCUCAGAGACCACCAGCCCUGCCAAUAGCCAGACCCCGUCCGGCUCUGGUUCGACAUCCACCAAAAGAGGCUCGGGAAGCCGCAGCCGUCAUCUCUCUCCGCAGCAGCAAACAGGGUACGGAGGCCAAGGUCAGGGCGCCAUCUACGGCACGCCUUCUUCUUCGCGAGGGCAGGAGCCGAGCAUGCUGGAUCAGCUCGAUGACUCAUUCUGGACCGGUGAACCCUUUGAUAUGAACAAUCUCGACGAUGACGUUGUUGCGCCAACAACGUCAGGGGCAUCUCACCUCGGUUACCCGAGCAGCGCCGUGGAUGUCUCCAUGUCUGCCCAUCACCAACAGUACCAUGCGCAAUAUCAUCAACAGACGCCUUUCAGUGACCCUGAAGCACAGCCGACCUUGGCAUACCACACAUCAGGUCUCGGCGUGGCAGGCGAAGAGCUCGACGAGGAGAUUUACUACUCCCGGAAGCACCAGUCCUACUACCCGCAAGGGUACCACGGACACCAAUAUUGGGGCGGUGGUGGCGGAGCAGUGUGA